CACAUCCAAUAAUGUUGUGCGAUGAUUAGAAAUAAACAUAUUUUAUGUUAUGUUGAUAUAUUGAUAGUUAAAUUCGCUUAGGACUGAUCAACUUUUGAAUGGUUGUAUCACAACCCAUAAUGUUGUGCAAUAAAUAUUUUUUCUUGUUUGUUUAUGCUCUUCAGUUGUAUAUUUAAAAAGUUAACCCAAUUUUUUAUUGAUCUAGUCUAUUCCUUUUUUAAUUUUUAAUUAAUGUGCUUUGAAUUACCAAGAUGGAACAUAUUAAAACUCCAAAAGACACGCAGUGAGUGUGUAUAUUAAACCGUAACACACACAGUUGUAUGGCUGAAAAAGACAGGUUCGUGUCACCGGCCGGCUUCCGUCUGUAUCGUUUGUCAUCAGCUCCCGGAUCGUACUCUUUGUUCUGCCGUUUCAGGUCGUGGUUACAGCGCGAAGCUGCCAUGGCCAAAGUGGCCAGGCAACAGCAACAGGACAGUUCGGUCAUUAAAAAGAUAGAAAAUGUACGAAUGUUAGAUCGUUACAAUGCCAAGAAAACAUCAGCUGGUACAUUAUACUUAACAGCCACCCAUCUAAUAUUUUUUGAUACUGAAAACAAUAAAGAAUCAUGGGUGCUAUUAAUGCACAUAGGCAAUGUUGAAAAACUACCUAUAACGACUACUGGUUGUCCAAUAUUAAUCCGAUGCAAAACAUUCUUAUCAGUCACAUUUGUCAUACCAAAAGAAAGAGAUUCUCACAAUAUAUUCACCUCUCUUCUUGUUCUCUGUCAACCUGCAAAAAUUGAAGAUCUUUAUUGUUUCUUAUACAAGUCAAAUUCUGAUAAAAUAUCCAAGAGUGCUGGUUGGGAUAGUUUCAAUUUAGAAAAAGAGUAUAAAAGAAUGAAUGUACCAAAUGAAUCUUGGAGUUUAACAACAUUAAAUCAAGACUACCAGUUAUGUGAUACAUAUCCAAAGUUCCUUUUUGUUCCCUCUUCUGUAAGUACAUCUAUUUUAGUGGGCAGUUCAAAGUUUCGUAGCAAGGAACGUUUACCUGUUCUUACUUAUUUACAUAGUAACAAGGCAUCUAUUUGCCGUUGUGCACAACCAUUAUCUGGAUUUAAUGCUAGAUGUAUGGAAGAUGAACAACUUCUUACGUGUAUACUUUAUACCAAUCCAGGUAGCGAGUAUAUGUAUGUUGUUGAUACUAGACCAAAGAUAAAUGCAAUGGCUAAUCGAGCAACAGGGAAAGGUUAUGAAAAUGAAAACUUCUAUGAUAAUAUUAAAUUUAAUUUCUUAGGUAUUGAAAAUAUUCAUGUUAUGAGAAAUAGCUUGUCCAAAGUUGUAGAUUUAUGCGAACAGCGAAAUCUGUCUAUGUCACAAUUUAUUGGAGGACUUGACAGCAGUGGUUGGUUACGUCAUAUUAAAACUAUUCUUGACACAUCAGCAUUUAUAUGUCAAGCAGUUAAUGUUGGUAAGUCAGUUGUAGUUCAUUGCUCAGAUGGAUGGGAUCGAACAGCUCAGGUCUGUUCACUUGCUUCACUUAUGUUAGACCCUUAUUAUCGUACACUUCAAGGUUUCCAGGCUCUCAUCGAAAAAGAUUGGUUAGCUUUUGGACAUAAAUUUAGUGAUCGAUGUGGUCAUAUAGCAGGAGACUCUAAAGAAGUCUCUCCCGUAUUUACACAGUUUAUUGAAGCAACAUGGCAACUAACAAUGAUUCAACCUACUACUUUUGAAUUCAAUGAACGAUUUUUAUUAAUUUUACACGACCAUGUUACUUCUUGUCAAUUUGGAACUUUUAUUGGUAAUUGUGAAAAAGAACGUGGUGAUCUCAAACUCAAGGACCGCACAUUUUCUUUCUGGGGUUAUGUUGAAGAACAUAAAAAAGAAUUUUUAAACCCACUCUACAGUGCUCAAAUAGAAACUAUGCGCCCAGAUUUAUCUCCCCAGAAUAUAAGAUUUUGGCGAGGAAUGUAUUGUCGGUUUGAAAAUGGAGUUCAUCCUCGUGAACAUAUAUAUGACAUUUUACUUGCUACUAGUGAACAAACAAAAUCUCUUGAUGAUCAUGUGAAGUUCCUACAAAAAAGAUUAUCAUAUUUCAAACGCAAAAUAACUGAUGGUGCAGAUAUGGUAAAAAACAGUCUGUUCUCAAAAGAAACAUGUAUAGAACCUAUGAGUUAUAAUAAAGAAGACAAUAUUAUACAGUCAAUGAAUGAAACAUUUGAUAAUUUAACUGUUAUGGAACCAAAAUUAGAUGAAGCUCAUAAGGUAGCCAUUGAAUGGAAGAGCUUAAGAGACCCAGUUUCAUGUGAAUGUUCUACAGAUUCCUCUACAAAAAAAUAUCAUUGUUGGAAAUGUGGAAAUGUAUUUUGCACCCGCUGUAUUGAUAUGAAUGUUUCAUUACCCGGUCAUCUAAGUCAAGAUCCUGUACCAGUUUGUCAUGGAUGUCGUAAAAUUGUUACAAGAUCAUCAACAGAGUCAUCUUAAACUUAUCAUAUUAUUAUUCAUUAACUAUUAAUUAGUUUUAUAAAAAUUAAGACCAGUCUAAUAU